UUGUAUGUAUUAUGGAAGGAGGAAGAGGGCGGGGUUAUGUCCCGGCUCCAUCAUCAACAAAUCUCGUCCGUCCGGAUUUAUGAGCCGCAUUGAAAAGUAAUUGUAGAGCGUAGAGGAGGUCCGCACCGGGCACCAUCGCCAGCCUGGCCACUGCGCAUGUCCUCUCUGGGAGUACAGUCCGGUGUGAGUGGUGACAGGUGAUCCCUGUACUAUGACGUCCCCGGACUCUGAUGUGUUGGAGGAGCCUUUAGGCAGCACAAAUGCGCGGUAUAGGCCUUUGGAUGGCGGUCAUUCAGAAGAAGACGUCUCUCUGCUUGAGGAGAACAACGUAAAGCAUUAUUAUGGCGUCAAGCCUGUGGACCACUUUAAUGGAACUUAUAUUAUAUUCUUCCUGCUUGGGGUGGGUUCCUCACUUCCUUGGAAUUUUAUUUGCACCGCAAAACACUAUUGGAUAUACAAACUAAGGAACUGCACGGAUAUGCCGGUGGUAGAAACGCCCAGAGCUUCAGACUUGAGUGACUACUUUGAAAGUUACUUUUCCAUUGCCAGUUCUGUACCGUCAGUGCCAUGUCUUAUGCUGAAUUUCUUCCUGGUGAACAGGCUUUCUUCUCAGGUGCGAAUACUCUCCUCACUGCUUGUCAUGUUCCUUGUCUUUAUUCUGGUCACAGUGCUGGUGAAAGUGGACACCUCCACCUGGACUAUGGAAUUCUUCGCUCUUUCAUUGGUGUGCAUAGCGAUUCUUAGUGGAGCAUCAAACGUCCUUACAGCCAGUGUCUUCGGUGUCACUGGACGCUUUCCACUGCAACACUCCCAGUCCCUAAUAUCAGGCCAGGCCAUGGGCGGUACAAUUAGCGCACUGGCAGCCAUUUUGGACCUUUCAAUAGCUUCCAAUGUAACAGACAGUGCUCUCGCAUAUUUCCUCACUGCAGACGUCUUUCUCCUUCUCUGCAUUGCAGCCUACCUGCUCCUUCCAAGAAUUGCGUAUUCCAACUACUACAUGAAUUUAUCUAAUGAGCCUACAGAGAGUUCCACAUCUGAAGAUCCUGCUGAGACCGUUGACAUAUCUUCAUCAAAGACAAACUCUCCACCGAUCAUCCCCAUCCUGAAGAAAGUCAAAGUGCUGGUCGCUUGCCUAUUUUAUACCUUCUUCGUCAGCAUCAUCAUCUUCCCCACCAUCUCUGCUGGUAUUGAGUCUGUUGAGAAAUACACUGGUAGUGUUUGGACCAACAAAUAUUUCACACCCUUGACUUGUUUCCUGGUUUAUAACUUUGCUGACUGGAGUGGACGGCAGAUCACAACAUGGAUCCAAGUCCCGGGACCCAACAGCAGAAUGCUGCCAGCAAUGGUUAUCCUCCGAACGUUUUUCAUCCCCUUGUUUAUGUUUUGUAAUUACCAACCUCGGAAACACAUUUAUGAAGUAUUUUUCCAGAGUGACGUCUAUCCGAUCAUCUUUAUCACAUUACUGGGAUUAAGUAAUGGUUAUUUAGGGACACUUUCCAUGGUUUAUGGCCCUAAGGUUGUUCCCAAGGAGCUCUCUGAGGGCACUGCAAUAGUGAUGUCUUUUUUCCUUGGGUUAGGGUUGGCUAUUGGAUCCGCGUUCUCUUCUCUUGUUCAUUUAAUAUAGUUAACAAACUCAAACUUUUUUCAGUUUUUGUUUUAAAUUGGUGUUUGUUUUAAAGGGCAUUGCGAUCACAGAACUUUUUCUUAGCAAGUGUUUACUUUUUUUAUCCUAAACUUGUUUAUAUACUUUUUAAUGUACCUGCUAUUUAAAAAAGAUGCCUAAUAAUCAA